UCGGUCGUUCUGGUUGUCCCCACACCUCCACGGACGAAAGCUACUAUUUCUCCGCAAGUCAAACAGGCGAGACAUUUCACUUCCAACCUGUCUUUGGUACCAUGGCCCCACGCAGGCAUGCUCUCAUGCCAUCUUCUUUACAUUUCCGGAUGAUUUUAGUCUACGGCCAGCUCCCGAGGGAACAUGAGAGCCCGUAGCAACUCAACACGUUGUCCGAACUCGAGAACCGAGGCGCCGAGCCCACAGAGGGGCCACAGGGUCUUGCUUGGAGGAAUCCCAGCUGACGACCUCCAUGCAGGUGACCAGUGAUGGACACAGAAUCAGGUCCAACAGAAAAUUCAAUCAAUGAAGAGGUCAACCCUGAGCAAGUACUGAACUCCGUGGAGAGAAUCAUUCUGAGCGUGUUCCUGGCAACACUCAUCAUCAUGACUGUUCUCGGAAACCUCCUGGUCAUGGUGGCUUUGUGCAAAGACCGGCACCUGAGGAAAAAGAAGACUAACUACUUCAUUGUGUCGCUCGCUUUUGCCGACCUCUUGGUGGCGCUGGUGGUGAUGCCGUUCGCGGCUAUUGAGCUGACCACUGGCCGCUGGAGUUAUGGGGAGACCUUCUGCCUGGUCCGCACCUCGCUGGACGUCCUGCUGACAACUGCCUCCAUCCUGCACCUGUGCUGCAUUGCUCUCGACAGGUACUAUGCGAUCUGCUGCCAACCCCUGGUAUACAGGAACAAGAUGACUCCUGUAAGAGUGGCUCUGAUGCUGGGAGGAUGCUGGGUCAUACCAUCUUUCAUCUCUUUCCUUCCCAUAAUGCAAAGCUGGAAUGCCAUCGGCAUCGAGGACUUAAUUGAAGAGAGGAAGUUCAGUGGUGUAGCCAACGAGACAAACUGUGUGUUCCUGGUGAACCGUCCGUACGCUCUCAUAUGUUCUGCAGUGGCCUUCUACGUCCCCUGGCUCAUGGUCCUGGCUUACCAGCGCAUCUACGUGACGGCCAUGGAGCACGCCCGGCAGAUCGGGACCCUUCAGCGGGCGGGGUCGGCGCCCGACAGCUACUUCGGCCAGGACCACCAGGGGUCGAGCCGCAUGAAGAUCGAGACCAAGGCGGCGAAGACGUUGGCGGUCAUCAUGGGCUGCUUCUGCCUGUGCUGGGCGCCCUUCUUCGUCACCAACGUGGUGGACCCCUUCAUCCGCUACAGAGUGCCCUGGCAGGUGUGGACCGCCUGGCUGUGGCUGGGAUACAUCAACUCGGGGCUCAACCCCUUCCUGUACGCCUUCCUGAACCGCGCCUUCCGCCGCGCCUUCCUCAUGAUCCUGUGCUGCGGGGACGACCGCUACACCCACCACGGCAGCUUCUCCCGGCCCUACUCUGCCUCCGUUAACGGCACCUCCAUCGCCCUCAGAUUAGCUUUUCUUCCGAACCGGAGCAGCAGCGAUAAUGGACGACGGAUCCUGUCCAGCGAGAUGGAGUCUCUGGACUCAGUCGGCGGGCCCUAGCGCGGGAGAGCACGGCAGCGUGCGGGAUGCCUCGGGACACGCGUGGAGACGCACACGGACACAAAACCCGCAUCCCGUCCCCACAGCACGGCCGUUCCCCCUCACCCCGGAGGAAGAACAUGGCCGUUUUGCCUGCAGAGCUGGCACAGCUCAGUUUCUCCCCCCCCCCGCCUGUGGUCACUCUGUGAACAUCAGAUACUGCAGGACCACGUUAUAGAGGUCAAAGAGAACAUUUCACAUUAGAGAAUUUACAUUGGCCGCAAUGGAAACUACGCUCUCCAUGGGCUCCUGAAGGCCAUCGUCCAAUGAGGGAACACUGUACUGCCAUCAAUUAGACUUGGGUGGUUAUCCUAAGGCAGUUCUUACUUCCUGCAUCCUUACAGAAGUCUACAUCCUCUGAGGGAAACACAGAGAAACAUAGAGGGCUAGUGACACCUGGCCAAAAGAAUACCCCAAUACGACAGACUACUCGAAUAUCGUGCUGAAGGGAUGCACACAGGACAACAGCAGUCGGUUGAAGGAGGCCUCAUUUUUCAGAGGCCACAUUCAGCUGAAUGGCAAAAUGUUUGCUUGUCUGUACCACUCAUACCGGGAAGAACAUUAUUGUUUAUAUUCUGUUAAUCAACAUAGCCACUAUUGUUUUGGAGUUGUGGGGGUGG